AUUGCUGUUUUUUUCUUUUUGUAAUUGCUGAAGCUCGAUGGAAUCAUAUUGAGGAUUUAGAUUCAUUCUUCUCGCGAAUGUACUGCUACCAUCAGAAGCACGGUUUUUGGGUGAUGAUGCUCCAGGAAGUGCUUGAAUUGCUGCAGUUCAUCUUUAUGGUGACCUUUACGUCAUACCUGAUGCACUGUGUCAAUUACCAGGCACUCUUCCGGGAAGGAAAAUAUGCAACAGACACGAACAAAAUCACAAUUCCUGAUGUGUUAAUUAGUAGUUCGGAGUGUAUUGCAUCACUCAGCGGUUGGACCUGGACAGCAUUGACACUUUCGGCGCUCUGCUGGUUCUUUCGUCUCAUCAAAGUUCUCUAUCACUUUAUCCAAUUCUGGGAUAUCAAACUCUUCUUCAAUACUGCCCUCAAAAUUGAAGAUGGUGAAUUGGACAAUUUGACCUGGCAUGAGGUUCAGAGGCGCAUCAGGGAUGUGCAGUCGGAGCAGCAAAUGUGUAUACAUAAAGAACAACUCACCGAAUUAGAUAUUUAUCAUCGUAUUUUAAGAUUUAAGAACUACACUGUGGCCAUGAUGAACAAAAAUAUUCUCCCAGCCAAGAUUAGAUUGCCUAUUUUAGGGGAUGUGAGCAUUCUGAGCCGUGGUUUGCGCUACAAUAUGGACUUGAUACUUUUUUGGGGUCCAUGGUCACCAUUUGAGAACAACUGGCACCUGCGUGAAGACUUCAAACGGGCGAAUUUGCGCAAGGAACUUGCAUCGAAGCUGUCGAAGCAAAUAACUUGGGUGGCUCUAUCAAACUUGAUCCUCUGCCCAUUGAUAUUUCUAUGGCAACUUAUGUACUUUUUCUUCAAUUAUGCCGAGCUGCUGAAGCGUGAGCCGGGAAAAUUGGGAACGCGAUGUUGGUCACAAUAUGGGAAGCUCUACUUGCGUCACCUCAAUGAGCUCGAUCAUGAACUGGAUGCACGGCUCAAUCGAGCCUAUCGUCCGGCUGUCAAGUACAUGAACUCAUUCUCCUCGCCACUUAUGGCUGUUAUUGCUCAGAAUGUGGUAUUUGUCUGUGGAGGUAUUUUGUCAGUUUUGAUCAUCUUGACACUUUAUGAUGAGGAUGUGAUGCAAGUGGAGCAUCUCAUCACCAUCAUGUCCAUCUUUACGGCAAUUGUUGUGAUUUUCCGGGUGUUUAUACCGGAGGAGAAUUUGAUAUGGUGCCCAGAGCAACUGCUGACGGCUGUUCUGGCCCAUGUUCACUAUCUUCCGGUCACGUGGAGGGGAAAGGCACAUACGAGUCAUGUGCGUGAGCAAUUUGGACAUUUGUUUCAGUUCAAGGCGUCGUAUUUGCUCAAUGAGCUGUUUAGUCCGCUCAUAACACCCUUUGUCCUCAUGUUCUCCUUGAGGCCACGUGCCCUGGAUAUUGUGGAUUUCUUCAGGAAUUUCACAGUGAGUGUUGUUGGGGUGGGUGAUGUGUGUUCAUUUGCCCAGAUGGACAUCCGGAAGCAUGGAAAUCCUGAUUGGCAACUGACGCCAAGCACAGAAGUCGAGCCGGAAUUUACGCCAAGUUGCGAGACAAAUCAGUACACGCAAGGAGAGCACGGGAAGACUGAAUUGUCUCUUGUGCACUUCACAAAGACCAAUCCAACAUGGAAGAUGCCAGAUGAGGCCAAGAAGUUUGUUCAAGGAAUCACACGGCAUGCUGUGAAUGAUCUUAACCGGACACGAAUGUCCAUGGCUCCGGGCUGUGGAACCGGACCACUGCUCAGUACCACAGCCAUGGGCGAGAGUUUGAUGUCGAUGGGAAGCCUCGGGGGUGAAUAUUCGUCCAUAGUGCAGUCGGUUCUGCGGCAGAAUCAGACUCUCAACAACUCCCAGAUGGGUCAGUCCUUCUUCCACAUUCCCACGCACGCGGGCACAAGUGGGCAGGAGCAGCAGCAGCAGCAGGCCGUGCAUCAGGCCACGAUGGACUUUGAACGGAUGCUGCAUCAGAAUCUCACGGACACUUCGGUGCCCCUGAGGAGUACACUGCUCACGGAUAUUGCCGAGGAUGAGGAUGGGGAUGUGGGUGGUACGAGGAGGAGUGUUCCUGGGCCAAGUGUGGCGUCUCAGGUGCAUGUAGCACCGCGCACAAUGAGUUCUAGUCUCAGGGGUGUCAGCAGGAGGGAAGGUCCUGCAGAAUUGGAACCAAAUGGUAUCCUCUACAGCUUGAAUUGCUUCCCGAACAGUGAAGUUCAGCCGCCGGAACUUACAGUGGCUGACAUGAGCUUAAGUACACUCUUCCUCCAUGAGCUUCAUCAUCGACAUGUAAGUAGACUUUAUUUAUUUGACUUUGGGAUUACAUCUAUUCCAGCACUGAGAAAAAUCCGAAAAAGUUAAAAUAAAAUUCCAAAAAUGUUUACAUUACCCUGCAGUAUUGAUCCGAAAUCGGUGUAAAUAUUACCCUUUUUAGGUGUAUUAUGGGUUAAAGUUACCCUUUUUCAUGUUAAUUUUACCCUUAAAAAGGUGUAAAAUUAACAUUAAAAAAUGUUGAUAUAUUUUUACACCUAAAAAGUGUUAAAAUUAUGAGGAAAAAAAGUUAAUCGCACCCUCUUUUUUUUCUCAGUGAGUAUUUCAAACUCUUCUGAUGGAAAAUUGAACUUUGAAUUUCUGACUUCCUGCCGUCCUACACGAUAUUUAACGAUUUUAUAAAAAAAGCAUUUAAAACUUAAAUAAAAAAAAACAUCGCUAAAAUUUUACUCAUUCGAAGAAAAUCUUAUAAACCUUCA